CCAUUCCUCUUCCUCUUCCUCACAUAACUAAUAAAUCUUCAAAAUUUCUCUUCUUUUUCGUUUUGAACAUGUCUUCUCUUCCAUUCAUCCUCAUGGUUUUAGCUGUAUCCUUUCUUCAAUUUCCUCCGAGUGUUUAUUCAUCAAAACCCACUGAGGCCUCUGCACCAAUUGGCAAGUCAAUUAAGAAAGACCCGUCAAGGCCUCCUGCACCAACUAGCAAGCCACCUGUCCAUCAUUCUGCGCCAAUAAGCAAGUCGAAUGUGGAAGACCCACCGAGCCCUCCCGUGCCAAUUGGCAAGCUGGAUAAGGAAGACCCGCCAAGGCCUCCUGCACCAAUGGGCAGGCCACCUGUCCAUCAUUCUGCGCCAAUAGGCAACUCGAAUGAGGAAGACCCAUCGAACCCUCCCGUGCCAAUUGGCAAGCCGAAUAAGGAAGACUCGCCAAGGCCUUUCGCACCAAUGGGCAGGCCACCUGUCCCUCAUUCUGCACCAAUAGGCAAGUCAAAUGAGGAAGACCCGCCGAGCCCUCUCGUGCCAAUUGGCAAGCCGGAUAAGGAAGACCCGCCAAGGCCUCCUGCACCAAUGGGCAGGCCACCUGUCCAUCAUUUUGCGCCAAUAGGCAAGUCGAAUGAGGAAGACCUGCCAAGUCCUCCCGUGCCAAUUGGCAAGCCGAAUAAGAAAGACUCGCCAAGGCCUCCUACACCAAUGGGCAAGCCACCUAUCCAUCAUUCUGCACCAAUAGGCAAGUCGAAUGAGGCAAACCCGCCGAGCCCUCCCGUGCCAAUUGGCAAGCUGGAUAAGGAAGACUCGCCAAGGCCUCCUGCACCAAUGGGUAGGCCACAUGUCCAUCAUUCUUCGCCAAUAGGCAAGUCGAAUGAGGAAGACCCGCCGAGCCCUCCCGUGCCAAUUGGCAAGCCGAAUAAGGAAGACCCGCCAACGCCUCCUGCACCAAUGGGCAGGCCACCUGUUCAUCAUUCUGUGCCACUAGGCAAGUCAAAUGAGGAAGACCCGCCGAGUCCUCCUGUGCCAAUUGGCAAGCCGGAUAAGGAAGACUUGCCAAGGCCUCUUGCACCAAUGGGCAGGCCACCUGUCCAUCAUGCUGUGCCAAUAGGCAAGUCGAAUGAGGCAAACCCGCCGAGCCCUCCUGUGCCAAUUGACAAGCUGGAUAAGGAAGACCCGCCAAGGCCUCCUGCACCAAUGGGCAGGCCACCUGUCCAUCAUUUUGCGCCAAUAGGCAAGUCGAAUGAGGAAGACCCGCCAAGCCCUCCCGUGCCAAUUGGCAAGCCGAAUAAGGAAGACUCGCCAAGGCCUUCUGCACCAAUGGGCAGGCCACCUGUCCAUCAUUCUGCGCCAAUAGGCAAGUCGAAUGAGGAAGACCCGCCGAGCCCUCCCGUGCCAAUUGGCAAGCCAGAUAAGGAAGACCUGCCAAGGCCUCCUGCACCAAUGGGCAGGCCACCUGUCCAUCAUUCUGCGCCAAUAGGCAAGUCGAAUGAGGAAGACCCGCCGAGCCCUCCCGUGCCAAUUGGCAAGCCAGAUAAGGAAGACCUGCCAAGGCCUCCUGCACCAAUGGGUAGGCCACCUGUCCAUCAUUCUGCGCCAAUAGGCAAGUCGAAUGAGGAAGAUCUGCCGAGCCCUCCCGUGCCAAUUGGCAAGCCGAAUAAGAAAGACUCGCCAAGGCCUCCUACACCAAUGGGCAGGCCACCUGUCCAUCAUUCUGCGCCAAUAGGCAAGUCGAAUGAGGAAGACCCGCCGAGCCCUCCCGUGCCAAUUGGCAAGCCGAAUAAGGAAGACUCGCCAAGACCUCCUGCACCAAUGGGCAGGCCACCUGUCCAUCAUUCUGUGCCAAUAGGCAAGUCGAAUGAGGAAGAGCCGCCGAGCCCUCCCGUGCCAAUUGGCAAGACGGAUAAGGAAGACCCGCCAAGGCCUUUUGCACCAAUGGGCAGGCCACCAGUCCAUCAUUCUGCGCCAAUAGGUAAGUCGAAUGAGGAAGACUCGUCGAGCCCUCUCGUGCCAAUUGGCAAGCCGGAUAAGGAAGACUCGCCAAGGCCUCCUGCACCAAUGGGCAGGCCACCUGUCCAUCAUUCUACGCCAAUAGGCAAGUCGAAUGAGGAAGAGCCGUCGAGCCCUUCUGUGCCAAUUGGCAAGCCGGAUAAGGAAGACUCACCAAGGCCUCCUACACCAAUGGGCAGGCCACCUGUCCAUCAUUCUUUGCCAAUAGGCAAGUCAAAUGAGGAAAACCCGCCGAGCCCUCCCGUGCCAAUUGGCAAGCCGAAUAAGGAAGACCCGCCAAGGCCUCCUGCACCAAUAGGUGGGCCACCUGUCCAUCAUUCUGCGCCACUAGGCAAGUCAAACAAGGAAGACCCGCGGAGCCCUCCCGUGCCAAUUGGCAAGCCGGAUAAGGAAGACCCACCAAGGCCUCCUGCACCAAUGGGCAAGCCACCUGUCCAUCAUUCUGCACCAAUAGGCAAGUCAAAUGUGGAAGACCCGCCAAGCCUUCCCGUGCCAAUUGGCAAGCCAGAUAAGGAAGACCCACCAAGGCCUCCUGCACCAAUGGGCAGGCCACCUGUCCAUCAUUUUGCGCCAAUAGGCAAGUUGAAUGAGGAAGACCCGCCGAGCCCUCCCGUGCCAAUUGGCAAGCCGAAUAAGGAAGACCCGCCAAUGCCUCCUGCACCAAUGAGCAAGCCACCUGUCCAUCAUUCUGCGCCAAUAGGCAAGUCGAACGAGGAAGACCCGCCGAGCCCUCCCGUGCCAAUUGGCAAGCCAGAUAAAGAAGACCCACCAAGGCCUCCUGCACCAAUGGGCAAGCCAUCCCGUCCAUGAAUAAGGUCUUUUUUUUCUUUUCUUUUUUUUAUCAUUCAUGACUAGGGUCUGGUGCACCAGUUUGAAGGAAUAAGUAAAGUUUGUGCGGCAUGAUAAAAAAAUAUAAAUGUAUUUUGAAA